UCCCAUGUUAAACCAUCGCGUCUAUAGCUCUUGUUCUACUGCAUUCGCCCAUCCCACCUACGGCUCCAUGCUCCUCCAAGUCAGCAUGUCUCUAUCCGAGACUCUCGCCCGCCUCACCAUGAAUCUCAACCGCCGGCCCGACCUGACCCGGCGGCUGCGCGUCGUCGACGACGACAACCGCAAGUCUGUUGCCGAGUCUUCGGCCGAGAUCAUCCAAAAGAUCUUCACGACGUGCCUGACCGACCGGACAGGCACCCGGACGAGCAAGCCGGAGGGAAAGCGGGUUGGCGUAUAUAUGUUUGCCAACCUCGUGCUGAAACUCCUCUUUGCAUGCCGAAGAACUCAGCUUGCAAAGAUGAUAUUCGUCAACAUCGAGUCUAUAUCGCCUCCGCUUUCACUCUAUCCCGCCGCCCAGCGCGUCACCUUUCUCUACUACCUCGGCCGCUUCAACUUCUCAAACCAUCACUAUAACCGCGCCGCCCUCUGUCUCCAAGAGGCAUACCUGCAGACCCCUCCUCAACUCGUCUCUCAUCGCAGCAACAUCCUCACCUACCUCAUCCCCGCAAACCUUCUCCUCGGCAAAUUCCCCUCAACCACACUCCUGUCGCGGCCCGAGGCUCAAUCGCUCAAACCCAUCUUCCUUCCCAUGUGCAUGGCCAUCCGCUCUGGCAACUUCAUGCAGUUUCAGGCCCACCUCGCCGCACACGAAACCUGGCUCUUCGAAAAGGGCCUCCUCCUAUCACUCUCCAACCGCCUCCGGCCGCUCCUCUGGAGGAGCCUCACCCGCAAGACGUUCCUCCUCACAUACGUGCCGCCGCAAGACGCCUCCUCCCGCAAAGCAGCAACGCUCGACCUCUCCCACCUCCUCACCGUGGCAACCUACAUCCAGCGCCGCCUCGAAGGCUGGCUGCCCGGCAACCCGACCGCCCCCCACCACCGGCCGUCGCAGGCCAACCCCCUCCUCAUGCAGGCCCUCCGCAACAACGUCCAGCCCUCUGCCGAAACGACUCUGGCCCCUCCCCCAGGUGGCCCCCGGAAGCUCCGCCCCAACGAGGGGCUCAUAUGGGGUAACGCCCUGGUCAGCUACGAAGACAUCGAGAUGACCGUUGCCACUCUCAUCCAGCAGGGCUUCAUGCAUGGAUUCAUCGCCCACAGCCAGGGCCGGUUCGCCAUUAUCGGAGCAAAGGCGAAGGGCAGCCCCGUACUAGCAGGCUGGCCGAACGUCUGGCAGACAAUCAGGGAGAGGAGGCACGAAGAUGACUUUGAUAUAGACGCCGUUCCUGGCUGGGUGACUUUAUGAGAAAGACA